AUGCCGUUCAAGAAAAGGCGCCAAAUUGAAGCCGACAGUGACGGGGAAGCACAAGUCACCAAAAAGGCCAAAGGCGACAAUAAGCCCAAAAAGGACCUCUCCAAGGGCAAUGAUGCAGAGGGAAAUCCAUACUGGGAGAUUGGCAGCAACCGGCGUGUCGGCUCUUCGCAGUUCAAGGGUGCCACUCUGGUCAAUAUCCGGGAGUACUACACGACUCCUGAUGGCGAAUUACGACCUGGAAAGAAGGGAAUCUCACUUUCACUAGAUCAGUACAAGGCCCUUUUGAAGGUCAUUCCGGAGCUCAAUGAGGAGCUCCGCUCACAAGGGCACGCUGUGGACGAAACCCAGGUCUCUGGAACCAGCGAUGCCUUGGUGAAGGCGGAAAAGCCAACUAAGUCCAAGAAGCCGAAAAAGCCCAACUUCGAGCAGACAAGUGAGGAAGAAGAGGGAGACGAUGAGGAAGAGGGAAAGGACGAAGAGGAGUGA